GUAAAAUAUAUAUAAAUAGUUAUCCAUCAAACCCUUCUUUAUUUUUCUUCCUUGACUGACAACACCUAACUACGAAGGGAAACCAAUAAUCUGUUAUAUUAUUUUCUUCCAAUUUCCACCUCAAGAACUCGUAGCAAUGGAUGUGAGCCUAAGGAGCGCGCUUUUAGAUCCCGGAAUCCUAGAUGUACUGCAUGAAAUUCUUGAAGUCUCAGACGAGACUGAAAAAUCUCACCACGCGCCUUCGCGCACCUACGUUCGUGACACCAAGGCGAUGGCUGCAACCCCAGCAGACGCCAAAGAAUUGCCGAACGCUUACAUGUUUGUGAUAGACAUGCCGGGACUGAAGGCAGACCAGAUAAAGGUGCAUGUUGAGGAUGGGAAUAUGCUGGUGGUGAGUGGAGAGAGGAAAAGAGAGAAAGAGAAAGAUCAAGGAGUUAGGUACAUAAGGAUGGAGAGAAGGCUUGGUAAGUACUUGAAAAAGUUUGUGCUGCCUGAGAAUGCUGAUUCUGAGAAGAUAUCCGCUACGUAUCAAGAUGGAGUGUUGACUGUGACUGUGGAGAAGAAACCACCACCUGAGCCCAAGAAACCUAAGACUGUGGAGGUUCAAGUUGUUUGAAGAAACAUGCAUGCAUCCCUGAACUAGGGUUUUGUGAGUGAUAACAGUUGUUUUUGGGUGUUUCUUUUUGGUAUGUUUCGAAAGUUGUGUAAUUUAGUCUAUGGUUACCACCUACUUUACUAGUACUACUACGAUUAUGUAUGGAGUCAGAACCAAAAUAGAUGUGUGUAGUAAAUGUAAAUCUUAUGUUUGUAUAGCCUGUGUUACGAAGGAAUUAGUGUAUGUAUACAUGUUUAUGUUCGUUUAUAAUUUUGUUUCCUUGCA